GUCGGACGUCGUCGGACAGUCAGGGUUUGGAUUAUAUCAUUGUAUUGGAUUUCUGUUGUGUUUUGGAUCAUCAUGACUCUGUGGACCGACGCCCUCGAAGAGGAGCUGAUCAGCAUGGUCGAGGACAGGCCGCCGCUGUACAACAUAUCUGAAAAGAACUAUUCUAAUCGAGUAGUGAAGACCGACUGCUGGCGUCAAAUCACGGAGAAAAUAAACAUAUCAGAGAAAGAGACGAAGAAGAAGUGGGAGUCCCUGCGAACACAGUUUACCCGCUAUCGCAAGCUCUCUCCUUCAGGAAGUUCUGGGACAGACAAGACUCCCAGACAGCUGUGGAUACUGCGGAGGUUACGCUUUCUGGAGCCACAUACGAAAAGGAAAGAAAGUGUAUCUAACCUCACUCACACGGAACCAUUGGCCCCUACUGACACCAGUUUAGGCGCCACCGUUGAUGCUUUGGACAACGAUCAGGAUAAGAAGGAUUCCGUUCUGCCGAUCGCAGAAUCUACUUAUUUGGACCCGAGCUUUGAGUCAACCAGCACCAGCACGUCAGCUGGAAGCCCGCAAAGGCCUCCUGCAAAGCGCGGCAGGAAAUCUCACAACGAUUCGCUGGCAGACAGAUCGAAGGGACUGAUGCGCACAAUAGAGGCAGCGCUUCACAGAAUGUCUGCAGAGGCCAGACCGGACUUCAUUGCCGUGGCCUGCCAAAGCAUAGAACAGAAGUUCAGGAUGGUGCCACCGCAUCUCCUGCUUCGAUUGGAGAACAGAGUUCAAAACCUCAUUUUUGAUUUUUUUGAAGAGCACAACCUGAACACACACACAAAUCACUCUUAAUAUUUGUAUUUGUUGCUUUUCCCUUUGAUAUUUCAUACAUGUUAUACU